UAAAUCUGAUACGAAUGUGUGUAUGACUGGAGGGCUAUAGGAAAAGGGCCCCCCAUAGUUAUAUAAAGGAUAGGUAGACAGGAAUUCCUUUUACAUCUUAGGUAAUGCUGAUCGUCGCAUAAGAAACCAUUCUACAAGAACAUUAGGUUACUGCAGUUCAUAAAGACAUGUUGUGGGAGCUGUAAUCAUCUACUGAUAACGAAAAAUAGCUCAUACCAGCAAUCAUACAAUUGGUUCAUAGGGACACCGCCCGUUGAAAACAGAGUACUGAGCAUGCGUAGAACGUGAUACUCUUAUAUAAUAGUAUGUUGCAAUGCGCGUAAUAGUAAGCGCGCACAAACAGUACUUAACUAUAACUAGUGCUGUUCAUGAGGAAAUGGCUACAAGCCAUCCAAUCAUAAUGAAGCUCAUGACUGAGCAUCCCCAGGAUGCAACAAGAUGAUGGGUGGAGUUAUGGGCAUAUAGGCAGAGGAUCUUUCCCAUUUGGUUGGGACUGUUCCACUGCUGACGAGCCGUGUGAUGUGUAUGCGCUGCCUCCUGAUGAAUCGCUGGUCCCCCGAUAUGGAGUGAUGAUGCAAUAUCCGAUGCGGCAACGGCCAUAUCCACUAUAUCCAAGUCAGAGGAUAGAGAGACUGAGUCAUGGCUGGAAGGUACAGCCGUUUGGGCUCACCAAAAAAGUAGACAUCUUGGAGAAAAGGCCACUUACAGGUGGGCGCAGGAGAGAGGUAUUCCACUAACAGGAGACAUGAUCAAGCAGGUCAUACAAACAGAUAAUGGGUCUCAUUUUACAGGGAAGGAAAUAAAACAGUUUGCUUUAGAAAACAACAUUGAAUGGGUAUAUCACAUGCCCUAUUACCCACAGGCUGCUGGUCUCAUUGAGCGAAUGAAUGGGUUGCUCAAAGGAGCAUUGAAAAAAAAUGACCUCAGAUGGUAAAUACGGGCAAUGGAGAGAUAAUCUUUCCUCGGCCCCUCAGUCGCUCAAUAAUAGACCACUAACAGAAUCCACUACCCCUUUAAUGAGAAUGUUGACGCCAAGUCUUACUAUAGGUAAAUUAACUAUAGAAUCUAUUGAAUAUUGGACAAUUAAUGAAGAAGCUCAGGUCCCUUUUAGGGGAACAUCAAAAUCUGCAGGGUUGGACCUGCACUCACUGGAGGUGACGGUAGUAAAUCCAGGAGUCACUAAGAUAAUUCCUACUGGAAUCGGGGUAAAAAUUCCCUCAGGACAUUAUGGACAGUUGGCCACUAGAUCCAGUUAUGCUCUAAAAAGUUUAAUAGUGGUUGGAGGGGUAAUUGAUGAAGACUACCAAGGAGAAGUCAAAGUUGUACUCAUAAAUCUGGGUAAAAUGGAUGCUAUAAUAUCAAAAAGAGAUAGGGUGGCACAAUUGCUAUUAAUCCCAAUAUAUAUAGCACAGAUAAAAGAAACAACAGCCCCCAAGGAACUAACUAUGAGGGGACAGAAAGGAUUUGGAUCCACUAAUGAAAUUAGUGUAGGUGCUAAAAUUUGGAUUCAAGAUGUAAACGGACCUCCGUCACCUGCUGAAGUAAUAGCGGUUGGCAAGGACCGUGCUCUACUCGUGAUGAGGCCUGGAGUAGAGAAGUGGGAAUAUAUCCCACAGGAAAAAUGCUACUUAAGGGAAUAAUGCUGUAUUCUUGACUUACAGAAUCCACUAAGACAUUGUGGCAUCGCCCUUGGUCUCCUUGGUAUCGUGUGGUUGGCAUCCUACGCAGACGGUAAUACACCCGGACACAAGCUGAGCCUGGCUGAAUCCAGAAAUUGGACGUGGGGAUGGAGAAACUAUUCUAAAACCAGGAAAUAGGACAGUGUUACAUGUGAAGCCAAUUGACUCUGCAUUUGUUCUUUGCAAACCCUACAGCAGCAACAACAGAAAGGGUUGUUCCAAACCAUGUUGUUGACGGGGAAUGAGGAAGUUUGGAGGACCGUGUUUAAUUCGUUUGUAAGGGAAAAACACUGGCUGGACAUCAAAGCGCCUAAAAUAAGGUGUAAUGAUACGUCCUGCACCGGUAAAUUGGUCUACUACAAUGUGACUAAAAGUAAUAUAAUGUGCAAGUUUGUAGUAUUACCAAUGUUAAUGGGCCCAGAAGGUAAUCAACAUUUUUGGGUACCUACAUUUUAUGGACAAGUAAUUGAUAGCAAUAAUAGCACACAUGAUUUAACUUUCUGUGAUGACACUCUUGAAGGUAAAAUCUGUAAGUUACAGUCUGCUGUAUAUGAGCCUUGCUUGUUACAGAACACUGUAAAUAAAUGCGAGUGGACCAUAAUGCCUACGUCAUACCGAUGGAUGGUUGAAGUAGCACCCCAGGUGAUAUGCGUAGUGACAGAUCGUCAGGUGGUCCCUAAAAUGAGGGUGCCUUUUGCAGGAUGCAUACACAACAUCACGGUUAUUCAAUGGGAAAAUGAAACUUUUAUGUUAAAUCCAGAUAAUGAGCUAAGCACCAAGGUGUUAUGGCAAGACACGGCUUUAGAAGUCCCUAAUUGGGAUCUGAAUUUGACUAGACUGAAAGCUUUGCUGGACAAAUCGAUAGAAGUCCAUGCGGCAAUUAAGAAUUUGAACAGGAGUAUCACGGGACACAAGCUCUUUACUACGGUAGUGUCUGAUAAAAUAGUAAAAGUAGGAUCCGCCAUAGCGGACGCUACAUCCCAUCAUUGGUGGGACAUAUUCAUGGGGUAUUCCCCAUCAGCCAGGACUACCAUGGAUUGGGUGGUUCACCCCUUGUUGGUAGUCAUGAUAGUAGUAAUUGUACUAUCUAUUUGGAAUUGUUAUGUAGCCUACGGUAUAUGUUGUAAAAAACAAAAAAUGAUAAUGGUUUCCUAUACCAACGGUCAGCAUUAAGGACCGAAUGUGAUGUAAAUCUGAUACGAAUGUGUGUAUGACUGGAGGGCUAUAGGAAAAGGGCCCCCCAUAGUUAUAUAAAGGAUAGGUAGACAGGAAUUCCUUUUACAUCUUAGGUAAUGCUGAUCGUCGCAUAAGAAACCAUUCUACAAGAACAUUAGGUUACUGCAGUUCAUAAAGACAUGUUGUGGGAGCUGUAAUCAUCUACUGAUAACGAAAAAUAGCUCAUACCAGCAAUCAUACAAUUGGUUCAUAGGGACACCGCCCGUUGAAAACAGAGUACUGAGCAUGCGUAGAACGUGAUACUCUUAUAUAAUAGUAUGUUGCAAUGCGCGUAAUAGUAAGCGCGCACAAACAGUACUUAACUAUAACUAGUGCUGUUCAUGAGGAAAUGGCUACAAGCCAUCCAAUCAUAAUGAAGCUCAUGACUGAGCAUCCCCAGGAUGCAACAAGAUGAUGGGUGGAGUUAUGGGCAUAUAGGCAGAGGAUCUUUCCCAUUUGGUUGGGACUGUUCCACUGCUGACGAGCCGUGUGAUGUGUAUGCGCUGCCUCCUGAUGAAUCGCUGGUCCCCCGAUAUGGAGUGAUGAUGCAAUAUCCGGUAAUGUAUUGAUUCUUACUCUAUGAUUGAUUUAUCCACGAUUUCACUGUAUACUCUAGAAAACUGUAUAGUGACCUAAGUAUUCAUAUAAUAAAUCAUUAAUAACAGAGAGAAGUUGUAUGCUGUGUGUUUCCUAGUUGGGAAGCUAGUGAGAGGAAAGGUGAGGCCUUA